GGCGCGCUUGGACGGCACCACUUCGUGGCGGCGGGGGGAGACCGAGGGACUUUGGGAGCGGCCGGAUCCCAGCCGAAGAGGCAGGGCUGUCGGUGUGUUUCAGGUAAUAGGGUUUCCUAAAGGAAAGCCAUAUGGGCGGAGCGCACAGUGUUCUAGAAAGCCACGUGUUGAUUCGGGGAGCAGCUUUCUGAGAGAAGAGAUUGUGAUCUGGGGGCUUAUCAGGCAGGAGAGAAAAUGAGGCUUCAGAAAUGAGGUUUCAUCAGGGAUGAACAGAAAUUAAAGCAAUUUGAUUGCAGCAGAAUGGGUUGAUGGCUGAGUUGGGCUGUUUCUAAAUCCCACUGUCGUGGCCUGAAGUUUCUGCAAAGCGAAUUGUGACUGGAAUUAUUAAUUGAAAAAAAAGAGUUGCUCUAUGUAGAGCCUUUGAAUCUCCAGUUCCAAAGCAAUUGAAGUAUUUGUAUUGUUGGAUGCCUGAAGGCGUUCAAGAGCAGCUUGGAUGGAGCCCUGGGCACCCUGGGCUAAUAGCAGAUCUGGCUCCGUGAUGGUGGCUCUGCCUGUGGCAGGGGGUUAGAAUUGAUGAUCCUUGGUGUCCCUUCCAACCCAAGCCAUCCUAUCAUUCUAUGAUCAGUGGAAAAUGGCACUGAGACAAUAAGUUACUGUUUUUAUUGCCUAGUGGGAGGUCGGGGGUUCCUGAUAGCUCACAGCAGGCUCAGAGGGAAAGCUCCUGCACUGUGCUCUUUCUUUGCUCCCCCCAAAAUGCUGGAGUUGGGAAAAGAAAUUGGCCCUUGGUCCCUGAGCAUUCCCCUCAUCCGACAGCUCCCAACAGUAUGAAACUUUAUGAGAUGGCAAUGUCCCCUGCAGACCAAAAUAGAAAAGGAAAAAAAAAAAAAAAGAAAAAAAAGAAAAAAAAAAAAAGUAUGAAAGGUUAAAAAAAAAAGACAGUCGCCAUGGUAACGGGGUACCGCAGCGGCUCGCGUCGCCAUGGCAACGGAGAAGGCCUUCCGGCGGCGACCGGAGGUAGGGCGGCACGCGGCAGCAUGGCGGCGAGGUGCGGCCGCCCUUUGGCUGGCUGCGCUCUCACGCUGCUGCUGUCGCUUGGCGCCUCCGGGCCCAGCCUGCUGCGGGGUUCCCUCGCCUCCCACCCCGGUGCCUUGCGGCCCGCCGCCCUGCGAGCCGGGGAAGUUCACAGGCUGGUUACCUACAUCUUUGUCUAUGAAGACCUGAUAUCCUUGACCUGUGGUGCCAUUGUCAUCUGGUAUUUUGCUGGCAGCUUUGAGAAGAACGUUGGCACUGUGAAGCACUGCUUCCUCACCAUUGUGUUUGCCAUCCUGACCGGCCUCCUGUACCUCUUACUUGAAACUGUCAUCUCGAGCGUGUCAGAAGUGGAAGAUGCCAAAGGAUUCAUGCCUUUAGCUUUUGCUACACUGAGUGUCUCCACCACCCGCUCGCGAAUGAAGCGGACUCUCUUCUUUGGAUUUAGAGUUCCAGUGAUGCUGGUGCCGUGGUUUCUGCUCUUUGUGGUGUGGUUUAUCCCCCACUCUUCUCUCCUGAGCAACCUGUGUGGGCUCCUGGUUGGGAAAGCCUAUGGUCUUGGUUACUGUUUCUGCUUGGAUAUUCCAGAGUCGGUGGCCUCUAAGCUGGAUCAGAGAUUCCCUUUCAGUGUGCUAAAGAGAAUACCAGGGCUAAAAUACAUCCCGGGGUCCUCAGCUGAGAGAAGAGCCACUGAGAACAGCAAGAUUACCCCGCUGCCUGGCACCUAUCCCACUCAAAGCUACUACUGCUCUUCACCUUCGACUCUUCCAGCCUCCCAGAUGCAGCACCCUGGUGUUCAGAGCCAGGGCUUUCAGGACAGCUGCACACCAGGAUUUGGCCAUGCUUUGGGACACGUGGGACCUCAGCACAGCUAUGCAAGAUGCAGCCUUGUUUCUUCCCCCUACCAAGCCAGAGGUGCCUCUGCUGAGGGCUACAUUCAGUCCCACACUGGAUCCUCGCCUGGACAGUGCUGCCAGACAAGCAAGUUCUCUGUGCCACAGCGCGUGUGUCUGACUGGUCCACAGUCACCUGUUGGCCUGGACCUCCUGGCUGGGGUUCAGCAAGCAUCAGGGGAUCCAGCAGCCUCAGCAGCUCCUGUUCCAGCUGAAUUUUCCAAAGUUCAGGUGUACUGAUCCUCCAGAAAGCAGCAGGACUUGCAGCAGCAGGGAAGACGGUGUGAUGCUCACGGAGCAGCAAUUGCUGGCACUGUUGCUGUCUCUGAGUGUCUGAAGAAGCCACGUGUUGCUGUACAGCCACUUCUCCAGCAGCUCUUCUGGGAAAACUGCCACAGGUAUGUGUGGCUUCACAGGGACUUGCUUUGGGGGAAGGCCAAGGUGAAGGGAGAGGGCUUGAACCUCAGAUUCACGACAGUAAGAAGCUCCUUGAAAAGACAGAGGUGGGGCAGAGGCUUUCGGAAGGAAGAUGCAAUAAUUUGGGAACAGGCUUGUGGUGGGAUGCCUGGAGUUGGUGGCCAGCUCCAUCCCACUCCUGAUUGUUUCACCCCUCCCUGGGUCUACAAAUGGUUUCACAGUCUCAUUUUUCCUGAGCUGCUAACAAGAAUUUCAUUGUUAAGUUUUGUGUGCAGCACAAACAGGAUGAGGCUCUUGUUUGGAAGUUAAAAGGAUGUCUUCAAUACCAGGAAAGGACUGCUAGAGAUAAUCAUUGAAAUGUUGAUGUUCCACUCUGGUGCCUUGAUUUUCCUCCUCGUGAGAUCUACAUAAGAUGAGAUCUUGUGAAUUUUAUCACUGUGCAGAAAAUACACUAGAGUGAUGAGGACUGUUUGCAAUGGUAAAUGUUGUGUAUGAUCAAACUGAAAGCUUGAAAUACAGUCUAGAAGACAAACUGCCACAUGUCCUGGUUUGCUGUCAAGUGGGGAGAGCCUCUGGAUGGUGGUCUCAGUCCCAUGGGGACAGCUGGGUGCAGUCUGCAUGAUAGGCUGGUGGCAGAGGACACACGUUGGAGAAGAGUAGCACUGCACAUUGGAAAAUGCUUGCGGGCAUGGAAGCUGGUUAUUUUUAUUUGCUGACUUUUAACAGUUGAUCUGUUUCAACUCUUACCAGUUGCAGAACCAUCAAAAGGAUGGCAUGGUUUCCAGUGAGUAGUUUCAUGGCAUGCAUUAAGUGGUAAGAAGUAAAUGUUGGCUUCCGAGAGUCGCUGCUUUGUCACUGCAAGCAGCAGGAACAGCCCUGACUGAUAGGUGAGGGGAGAAGGCAGAGGGUCUCCUUACAGGAAUGAAGGUGGGCUCCUGCCCAUGCAGGAGGCAGCAGGGACCAGCCCUUAACCCCUCUGUGCUGGGUGCAGGUGCCCACUGCAGCUCUGUGGGAGGGACAUCCUAGAAGAAUGGGGGCAAAACCACAAUUUGAGUUUUUUUUUCUUCUGGCUCCAGCUCUGCUGUCAGCUUCCUGAAGAUCUUGGCAUGUCACUUGGUCUCUGAUCACUGCAACUACCACUGUGACCCUGGGGCUGCUCUGAGUCCAACUGUGCAACUGCCCUGUGCCCACAUGGCACUUGAAAUGUUCAGUGGCCUUCAGACAGACAUUUUGAACGACACAGAUGAUUUCUAACAGUCUGUUACCUGCCUUUCCUGAGGGCAGUUGUGACAGUUAAACAUUGUUGUAUAAAUCAGAGGAGGACCUGCUGCUUUUCCAGCAGUGGAGUUCAACCAAGUCCCAUUUCCUUAGGGCUGGCAGUGGGUUCAAAGGGGAAUGGAGAGAGGGACAGGAUGGGAUGUGCAAUUGUGGCUGAAGGCUGAAAGAAGGAAUUGAAACUCGGGAGAGGGACGCAGAAAUCAUCUGUUCAUCCGGCCUUGGCAUGUGUCUGAGCUCACAGCAAUGCUAUGGAUCACAAAUUGCAGUACCAGCUCCCUUCCUUGGAGGGGAGAUAAAGAAUUGAAGUUAUUCUUAAAAAAGAAAGGGGAGAAAAAAUAGUGACAAAAAAAAAUCAAUACAACUCCAGGCUGUCCUAGAGAACA